AGCAAACCCUCCUUUUUGGGUGACAAUUCACAGAAAAGUAAUCUUAAAUACAAAAGGGUUUGCCAUCUUUUGUAGAAUCUUCUGCCUCAUCCACAUGGGGAGGCACUCUUGUUGUUAUAAACAAAAGCUAAGAAAAGGUCUCUGGUCCCCUGAAGAAGAUGAAAAGCUUAUCAAGCAUAUCACCAAGUUUGGCCAUGGCUGUUGGAGUUCUGUCCCUAAACUUGCAGGCCUUGAAAGAUGUGGUAAAAGUUGCAGGCUAAGAUGGAUUAAUUACUUGAGGCCUGACUUGAAAAGAGGCACAUUCUCUCAGCAAGAAGAGAAACUCAUUAUUGAACUACAUGCAGUUCUUGGAAACAAAUGGUCACAAAUUGCUGCUCAACUGCCUGGAAGGACAGACAACGAAAUCAAGAACUUAUGGAACUCUUCAAUCAAGAAGAAGCUAAGGCAAAGAGGGAUUGAUCCAAACACUCAUAAACCACUAUCGGAGGUCAACGACGACCAUAAAGCUCCGUCUGGGAGUAACGAGAGGAACUCACAGGGUUCCUACCAAGUCUCCAACCUCGACGAGAAACCAGAACCACCGACGACGGCCAUGGCAGCAUCUUACCCACUCAUUGACAACCCUCCACCUGCAACACACGAAUUCUUUCUCAACAGAUUCGUGACCAGUCACGAGAGAGCAAACAAGCAGCCGGAUUCCCACCACCUCUCGGGAUUCCUCCCUUUCAAUUAUACCCAACAACAACAACCACCACCACCACCACCGCCGGACUCCGGUGAUCUCUUCUUCAACACUGAAUCUAAGUCAUCCUCCGAGAUGAAUCCGGAGUAUUCGAAUACCAUUUCCAACACCCUACUCUCCGCUCCGCCGCUGCCGCGCAGCACCACCAUUUUCCACCAGAAUAAUUGGGGGAGUAGCAAUAAUGGAACCAACGGCGGUUACUUCCAGACGAACAGUGGUGGGUAUCCAUGGGGGUUGACUGAUUGCACCAAAAGCCAAAACCAAAUUAAUGACACUGUAGAUGGCGAACAAGAUUACACCAAGUGGAACGAUCAGUUUCUUCAAGUUCCAUUUUUGAUGGGGAAAUCAUCGAUCGAGGGAAAACCUGAACCCAAUUUCCACGAAUUAUAUCACGGACAGCAAGGUGUGGAUAUAUAUAACAAGCAUUUUCAGAGGAUUUCAACAAGCUACGGACAUUUUUCAUAGAUUUUUCAGUUCAGCGAAUUCAGAAUUCAUACUCGUGUGACCCUUCUAGAGGUUUUCUCUUCUCCUUUUAAUGUAAAUAGGCUCUCCAGAAUUUGUC